GAUACCAUUGACCGUGUAGAAACGGCAGCCAAAACGACAUCCUUGAUGUCUCGCAAGACGGUGCAGUCCUCUCUCCGUUGCUGCUCGCUAAUUUGAAUGAUUGAAUCGAUGAAAUUACGAAUUUUGUGAGCUUGAUUACCUUCCGAGGUAACCUACCAGCAACACUGCUCACCGUUCUAUUCUUGUUUUAGCGUCAAAUUUUCACAUUGCCAACCAAUUUGUGUUAAUUUUGAAUCUAAAUUUCCGAAAACAGCCAUGUCGAGACCUUCCCCAAGGAUCAUCCAUGGACUACUCAAACUUCACUAUUACCAUCAUAUCUCUAGCUCAAAUCCAUUAUCUGCAACAUCUUCUCUCACCUCUAAAAUUGGCACCUCACUCACUAGACCUUACUCAAAUGGAGUCUUCAAUUCCACGCCUUUAAACUCUCGAAUCUACUCCAACCCGUCUUUUUUUUCAAAACCUGCUUCCCCAAAUGGAGGUUUGUCUCAAGUUCUCUCAUGGACAAAACCAAAUUUCUCAUCUUCAUUGAAGACUUGCUAUGGAGUGAGGCGGUUUUCUUUUAAGACUUCUUCGGAUUUUGGCAAAACGGCCGGUGGGAAUUUUGCAAAGAAGGUUUUUGAAAAGCCGGCUACUGCUGUUAACUCUACUUUCUCUAGGUAUCGUGAGGCUAUAGCACUCCAAAUUGAAGCUUUUUGGAAGAGAAAUGUUCUGUUUGUGCUUGGGGCUGGAGGAGUUGUAAUGUGUGCUUUGAUUUGGAGGAUUAUGUUUGGCGUUGCCAAUACUUUCGUUGGCCUUUCUGAAGGCAUGGCUAAAUAUGGCUUCCUUGCUCUUUCUUCCGCCAUAGUUGCCUUUGCAGGACUGUAUAUUCGCUCUAGAAUCACAAUCAAUCCUGAUAAGGUUUAUAGAAUGGCUAUGAGGAAGCUUAAUACUAAUGCUGGGAUUCUUGAGGUUAUGGGUGCUCCUCUCACAGGCACAGAAUUAAGAGCCUACGUGAUGUCAGGGGGUGGAAUUACUCUGAAGAAAUUCAAGCCAAGGCUUAGAAGCAAACGUUGUUUUCUCAUCUUCCCAAUACGAGGUUCUGAGAGAAAGGGUCUGGUCAGUGUUGAAAUAAAGAAGAAAAAAGGCCAGUAUGACAUGAAACUAUUGGCUGUUGACAUUCCUAUGGCAUCAGGACCUGACCAGAGAUUAUUUCUGAUUGGAGAUGAAGAUGAGUACAAGAUUGGUGGUGGACUAAUAUCUGAGCUGAGAGAUCCUGUUGUGAAAGCAAUGGCAGCCAAAAAGGAAUUUGAUGAUCUUGAUGAAAUUGAAGAAGAAGAGGAUGCUGAGAGAGAACGUCAAGAAGCAGAAAGAAAGCAUCAUGAGCAACUCGAAAAGCUUGAAAGAGGUGGUUCAUAGCGCUAAUCCAAAAGGAUUUUCUCUCUCAAAAAAAAGUGUUUCUCUCCAUUCUUUUAUGUCUUGUUUUUCCUGGAUUUUAUUUUGAAUAGAUGCCUGAGGCUUGAUUUAGUGCGCCUUGCAUCUGUAUCAGAGUAGAGUUUUGCAAGGUUUUUUCUUUAAACUGCUAAUGUUCAGCUUCGGAAAUCUCGAAAGAUUAAAGUUGAGAUGGUUUAAUUGAAGCAAUAACAAGCAUACGACUGGAAGCUAUGAUAACUGGAAAUGCAAUUUUCCUGAUUUGAUUGGUUGCUUUAUUGUAUACAAGAUUCCUAGCAUCUCAUUCUACUUCCCUUUUGAGGCAGUAUUAGUAUCUUUACACCAGCAACUUUUAAAGUUUUAUGAAUAGUCAGUCUUGUAUGAUGGCAUGCUCUAAUUCCCCUUGGAAUGAAGCCUAUAAUAAUUUCUUUUCA